AUGUCGAACCCUUCAAUUCGGGACUUCUACAAAGGUCGAAACAUCCUGGUAACGGGCGGUACUGGGUUCAUGGGCAAAGUGCUCAUUGAAAAAAUGCUGUACUCCAUCCCUGACCUGGGUAACAUCUACAUACUUAUGAGACCCAAGAGAGGAAAGUCUGUGGCUCAAAGGAUUGAAGAUAUGCAGCGAUUGAGGCUUUUCGAACGAAUACGGACUGAAAAACCGGACGCCUUGAAGAAGAUGAAGCCACUACAGGGUGAUGUUUUAUUCGAGAACUUGGGACUAUCAGAUUCUGAUAUAGAAUUGUUGUGUAAUGAAGUAUCAGUGGUGUUCCAUUUUGCCGCGACCCUAAGAUUGGAGGCUCCCUUAAAAGACAAUGUCAAUAUGAAUACUUGUGGCACUCAAAGAGCAUUGGACAUUGCUAAGAAGUUCAAGAAACUGGACGUCUUCGUUCACCUUUCCACGGCUUUCUGUUAUCCUGACUACGAAGUAUUGGGGGAGAAUUGCUUCGGUCCACCUGUCAAACCUGAGAACGUGAUGAAACUGAUUCAAUGGCUGGAUGACAAACAGCUGGCUUUGUUGACUCCCUCACUGCUUGGUCCGCAUCCUAACUGUUACACGUUUUCCAAGCGACUCGCAGAAACUAUUGUCGAACAAGCACACGACGAGUUGCCAGUUGUCAUUGCACGGCCAAGUAUAGUAUGUCCAUCGCUCAAGGAGCCUGUGCCAGGCUGGGUGGACAACCUGAAUGGGCCAGUCGGCGUGAUGCUAGGCGCUGGAAAGGGAGUUAUCAGAACAAUGCUCUGCGACGGUUCUCUUACCGCCCAAGUUUGCCCAGUAGAUAUCGCAAUCAACGGUAUCAUAGCUAUAGGAAUGAUUGAAGGAAAUAGGAAAGAAAAACAUACAUCAUUGCCUGUAUACAAUGUGAACAAUGGUCAUCAGAAACCUACUACAUGGGGUGACGUGCUCACAAUAGCUAAGGACUAUGGUCGUAAGUACCCCCUGUCCUGGCCGCUCUGGUAUCCUAAUGGAGACAUCACCACAAACGCUGUGCUGCAUGAGUACCGAAGAAUCUUCUACCAUCUAGUGCCUGCCUACUUGAUCGAUUUUCUUUUGUUCUUACUUGGACAGAAAAGAAUAAUGGUACGAAUCCAAGAAAGAAUAUCCCAAGGUUUGGAAGUGUUGCAAUACUUCACAAUGCGCCCGUGGAACUUCCCGUGCCCUAACUACGAUGCAAUCAGAGAAAAACUAAGUCCAGAAGAACAGGAGAUCUACAACACUGACAUUACCGAUGCGGAUCGCCACGAGUAUAUGAAGAUGUGUGUGGAAGGAGGUCGUGUCUACUGCUUUAAGGAAGACCCGAACAAAAUCCCCUACAACAGGAUUUAUCAUCGUUUCCUCUACGUACUGGACUGGUUUGUCAAGAUUAUGUUCUGGCUCUUUAUUUUGUCAUUCAUUGCAUCCUGGUGUGAACCCAUCAAAACUGUCUUCAGUUUUGGAGAACCUAUUGUGAAACACCUGCCUUUCUUGGGCAAGGUUGUUAGCAAAGUUGAAGAACUAUGA